GCCCUCAGAUUUCAGUGCUUUGUGCUUUCAGUUUCAGCUCGUUACAGCGUGCCGUCAGUUGAAGCUGAAGCCGCAACGCUGUUACAGCCGAAGUGCAUGCCGUAUGCAUGUAUCCGUGAGCGAGGUCGCGUCCAGCUCCGCGAUGUAAAACGAAAUUCGACCCGUGCGCUUCAUCCAAAUUUUUUUCUCUUUCACUCGCUUAAUUAUGCAAAUUAUCUGGUUGCAUUCCAUCCAUCAUUUUUCUUCUAGCCAAGAGCCCUUUGCCUGUAUUACUUAAAAUACGCAGUGUCAUCCUGUAAAACACGUUAGUGUCAGUGCACCAUGUCCGGCGAUGCCCAUGUGCGGAAAAGAGGCGCUGAUAAACGUCGCAAGAAAGUUGAUGACUCAACAGAGGACACAGUGCCCCUUUUAAUACCUGCUCCUAGCCCUACAAAUGAAGAAAACAUACAUGUCCACAAAGAUGCACAUCUUGGAGGGAACUUUUGCUCAAAAAUUGUUUUCUUUGGCUUGUUUGGCACCCUCGCUAUCCUUGUUGGACUCCUCAUCAUAGAAUUUCAUGGAUCUGGAGAUGUCGAGUCUGCGGCUGAUUCACCAUGGUCUGUUAUGUUGGAAGGCUGGGUUGAUGAGGCGCAUGACAAUCAUGAGCAUGAAGAAGAACACAGUGUUUCAGAUCACUCAGAAGAGGAGGAAAGUGAACAUGAUGUAGGAUUCGAUUUGUUUGGUAUAUCUGAGUCAGAGCAUGAUGAUGAUGAAGAAGAAGAACAUGCAGAAGACGAAGAAGAAGCAGGAGAUAGCCACGAAACUGAUCAAGACGAUGAAAAUGAGGCUGAAUCCGAAAACCAGCCUGAAAGUGAUGCCAAAUCAGGAGAUUUUGGUUUCUAUAAAAGUAUCUACCAAAGCAUUUAUAAGACUCAAGGAGAUGAUGAUGCUGGAGUAGAAGAAAAUGAACCUGAAGAAGAUCGUGAUGCACCUGGAAAUGAUGAUGACGAAAACGAUGAUGAUGAAGAUGGAGGUGAUGAUAAUGAUGAUGAUGAUGAUAACAAUGACAAUGAUGAUAACAAUGACGAUGAUGACAAAAAUGAUGAUGAGCAGGAAGAUAAUGAAGUGGAUGAAAACGAUCUAUUUGGUGAGAAAGACGAGGAUGAAUACUACAGGAGCAAUGAAGCCGAGAAACAAGAUGAGGCUAGUGCGGAAGAAGAAGAUGAUGUAAAUGAUGCAAAGGAAGAGGAAGAAGAGGAGGAAGAGGAAGAGGAUAAAUUCCACAAAAAUAAACCACAGCGACACAUUGAUGAAGCUGAUGAAAAGGAAGAUGACAGUGAUGAUAACGAAAUUAUCAGACAGAUUCUGGCCAGAUCGCAGGAGAGGAAAACAAGAUUUGAACCACAAAAAGACAAACCGUACGAAACAGAAGCAGAAGAGCAUAUCAGAAAUGUGAUGAGCGGACUGCGCAAGAAGAAAUUGGAAGAAGAGAGCAUAGAAGCUUUUGAUGAGGAGCCCACGAGAGAAGUGCAAGGAGAUCAGGAAGAAAAUGAAGAAACGGAAGAAAAUGGAAAGGAAGAAGAAAGUGUGCAAGAAGUGAUAGAUGAUGACGAUAAUGAAGAAACAGUUGGAGUGAUAGUAAAAUUUGGGGUUGGUGUCGCUUUAAUCGUAGUGGCGCACGUUGUUCUCAUUAGAAAAUGGAAUAGUUGGGACCCCAGCGCAAAAGUUGAAGAUAAAGGUGAAGCAGUGGAUAAAAGUAACGUAAAUGAUACAAGUGACACAGUAGAGAUUAUUGACCGCAGAGAGUCACUAGUUGACUUAGACACAGAGUUACCAACCCCAUCUGGUUCUGAAGAUGAAGCUAUGGAAGAUAGAACUCCAGAAGAAAGUGAGGAUGAACAGGUGUCUGAAAAUUACGCAGCAAAAACUGCGUACGAAGCAUCAGCAACUCCAGCAGACAGUGAAGCAGAGUCUAAUGCAGAACUGACAGAUGAUGAAGUUGACGACACUCCUGAUAGAUGGAAAAAUGAAGAAGCUGAUGCCCAGACUGGAACUGAAGAAGAAGAGGAAGAAGAGGAGGAAGAAGACGAAGAAGAAGAAGAGACAGAGGAAGAAGAGAGCCCACCUCCAUCCCCACCAAAGCCAAAAAUCCAGCCCGAGCAAAAUCCACGCCGAAGGGGAGGUCCUCGAUCAGCUGACGACAUUGAUUUUGAGCAGGAAUAUUAUGAAUAUACAGACAUCACAAAUGACUAUGACUGGGCUAUUCGAAAUGAAUUGGAUUUUGCAGAGGAUGAAUUCUUGAAUGGG